UGAGAGGUGAAACGAACUUCUUCAACUGUAACACACACACACACACACACACACUUUCUCAAACACACAAAUGGCGGUAGCUCAAGUUUCUUUCUCUCCCUGUAUCUCUACAGCCGCUAGAAUCACUGAUGUUACUCGGUUCAAAUCGUCGAAUUUGCCUCGGAUUGGGACAACGUUUGUUUGCGGAUCGCCCUUAGUGAGAUGUGGAACUUAUCCUCAGAAAGCUAUAGCUCGUAAGCCAGCCGCAUUUUCCGUAAGAUGUGAGCAAAGUAGCAAGGAUGGAAGUGGUUUAGAUGUGUGGCUUGGUCGCACAGCAAUGAUGGGCUUUGCAGCGGCAAUCACUGUUGAAGUAUCAACAGGCAAGGGGCUUCUUGAGAACUUUGGGCUCACAUCACCCUUGCCAACAGUGGCCUUGGCAGUAACUGCACUCGUUGGCGUGCUUACAGCAAUUUUCAUCUUCCAGUCUGCUUCUGAAAGUUGAUCAUACUCAAACAUAACUCGGUGUUUGUAAAGCUUGUGUAUUUAUUUAUAAAGAAUAACAUUUAUUUGUUUUCUGUAACGUAGUUUUCAAUUUUUGAUUCUAAAAACAAUGAAGCACUUGAGAAUCAAUAAGUAAUGAGAACUUUCUUCA